CCAGUGAAGUGCGCCACAGUUUCACAACUCCAUUAAGUUGAAAUAUUCUUUCUGGAGAAGAGCUAUGGACGUCCCCAGCACGUUACUAUUGUUGGGUUUAGUGAUAGCUCUGUUAAUAUUGCUCAGAUGGAGAAACAAGCCAAAGAAUCUUCCUCCUGGACCUACAGCUUUGCCUCUAGUUGGAAAUAUUCUCACCAUGGACAACCGUGCACCCUUUAAAACCUUUCUAAAGUGGAGUAAGACGUACGGUCCUGUGAUGACGGUGUAUUUAGGAUCCCAGAGAGUCCUUGUCCUGGUGGGUUACGAAACAGUGAAGGAGGCCCUUGUUGACAAUGCGGAUGAUUUUGUCGGCAGAGCCCCGGUUCCUUUCGUCCAGAGAAUUCUGAAAGGAUAUGGGCUUGUCAUCAGUAACGGAGAGCGCUGGCGUCAGCUCAGGAGGUUUGCGCUCACUACACUGAGAGACUUUGGGAUGGGACGCAAGAGAAUGGAGGGAUGGAUACAGGAAGAGAGCAGACACUUGCUGGACACCUUCAAAGACACAAAUGCUGUUCCAUUUGACCCUACGUUCUACCUGAGCAGAGCCGUGUCCAACAUCAUCUGCGCCCUGGUGUUCGGGCAACGCUUCAGUUAUAAAGACACCCAUUUCCUGCGUCUACUCCAGAUCAUCUCUGGUGUACUGCAGUUUGGAAGCAGCUCUCUAGGACAGUUGUAUAAUGUCUUUCCGCGGCUGGUCGAACUGUUUCCUGGUAAGCAUCACACCGUUAUGAAGGAAGUGGACGAAGUCAAGGCAUUUUCUAGAGGCAAAGUACAAGAGCACAAAGACUGUUUAGAUCCCAACAACCCACGAGACUUCAUCGACUGCUUCCUUGUCCGACUCAACCAGGAAAAGGACAAUCCCAAUACAGAGUUUCAUUAUGACAAUUUGAUAGCCAGUGUCUUAAACCUAUUCCUGGCUGGAACUGAGACCACCAGCACUACUAUCAGAUAUGCUCUGAUGUUACUGAUCAAGCAUCCUGAAAUACAGACUCGGAUGCAGAAAGAGAUCGACGCUGUGAUUGGACGAGACCGGAGCCCUUCAAUGGAAGACAGGAAGUCCCUGCCGUUUACUGACGCAGUGAUCCAUGAAGUGCAGCGUUAUGUGGAUCUCGUGCCGCUCAACCUUCCUCAUUACACCACACAUCGCAUUACAUUCAGAGGCUACAGCAUUCCAAAGGAUACAAUAAUCUUCCCCUUGCUUCACUCGGUUCUGAGGGACGAGGAACACUGGGAGGAACCCUGGACAUUUAACCCCAAACACUUUUUGGACACAAAUGGCAACUUUAAAAAGAACCCUGCUUUCCUGCCUUUUUCUGCAGGUAAGAGGUCCUGUGUUGGUGAGUCUCUGGCACGCAUGGAGCUGUUUAUGUUUCUGGUGUCUCUGCUGCAACAUUUCACCUUUACCACACCUGGAGGACCCGAGAGCAUUGACACCACUCCUGAAGUCAGUGGCUUUGCCAACCUGCCCCGCAAAUACCAGCUCAUCGCUACCCCCCACUGAACUAGGGCGGUACUGCAGACUGAUUAUCACCACCACUAGUGUGAUCUUACAUAGACAUUCAUAAAUCUGAACAUAAUAUUUGUGAAUGUACCAUUCAGGCAUGUAGAGGAAUGAAUGUUAUGUUUUGACAAAAGCUGUCACAUCGAUAAGGAUUAAAAUAUCCACUGGUUUCAGCUACAGCCUCUGUUUACACAGCAGAUGAAGUCUGAAAUGUUCUAUUCCAGUGGGAAAUUUGUGUAAUUUUAUGUGAAUUCUUAUUUUCAUUUGCACAUUAUCUUUAGAUGCUAUUUAUAGAUAGAAGCUAGAAGAACAAGAGACUAAAAAAAAACAGAUGUGAAUCAUAUAAUAUGAUUAAAUAAGCUCCUGUAAGAAUUCUGAAAUAACAGAGCAGAAAUCUGAAGCCAGCUUUGUGUUGAUCCUUUUUCACAAAUGCAAUUCAACAACUUACAGUUUCUUUAUUAUCAGCCACAUUUUCAUUCAUGAACUUAAUUAAUAGUCAUUACCAUGCUUUAACGUAAUUUAAACAGAAAGCGACGAGCUGUACGUAACUUUACGGUUUUGUUAACAUUGACAGAAACACAGAAAUCAUUUCAUCGUGUUUAUAAAUACAUAUGAAAAUACAGAGCUUGUGGAACGUUGACGUGUUACAGAAAAAGUGUGAAAACUGUCUUAUGUGAUCAUUUCUCAAAUUAUCAUCAUCAUCAUCAUUUAAAUUUUUUUUUGCUUAUUUUCCUACUUUUAUUUCAGGAUGUAUGUUAAAGUGUAAAUUAUUAUGUCUGACAGAAUGUAAUAAAUGAGAAUUUCCCCACAAAUAAAUAACUAAAUAGAGCAAA